CUGAAAUGUAUUUCUAUAUGAGCUAAGCGGAUCGACUUUCUCCCUGUUUAUCAUUAUUUUGUAUUGGCAUUUUGUUUCAUCUUUAUUUUAUAAUCCCUAAAGCACUAUGCGUUAAUUGCUUUUUUAUGUUUGCGCGUAACUUCUAAUCUAAAAUUGUUGUGGCUAGAUGCGCAAUGGACUUACAAACGUUUAAUGAAACGGCUGGGAUUUGGGCAUGUCUACAGCUUCAGAACGUGACCGCAAACGGGAGUCUGGAGGUUCCUAACGGCACCUGCGGAGAGGCGAUUCUGCUGCCAAAGACGGAACCUCUGCGACCCAAAGAAAUGGAUUCGCUACGCAUAAUUCUGUAUGCCAUAAUUUUCCUGCUGAGUGUGUUUGGCAAUCUGCUCAUCAUCGUGGUUUUGGUCGUGAAUAAGCGAAUGUGGACGGUCACCAACUUAUUCCUCCUCUCCCUUGCCUUCAGUGACCUUAUGAUGGCUGUGUUUUGCAUGCCCUUCACUCUCAUACCCAACCUGCUGGAGGAUUUCAUCUUUGGAGCUGCCAUGUGCAAGAUUGUAGCCUAUCUCAUGGGUAUUUCAGUGUGCAUAUCCACUUUCAGUCUGGUGGCUAUAGCCAUUGAGAGGUACAGUGCGAUUUGCAACCCGCUGAAGUCACGGGCAUGGCAGACCCGCUCCCACGCCUACAAAGUCAUCGCUUUGACUUGGGUUCUGUCCUUCCUCAUUAUGACACCCUAUCCCAUCUUCAGCACCCUCGUCAAGUUCACUAAACCCAACAACAUCACUGCUCACAUGUGUCGCCAUGACUGGCCGAAGAGCGAGGUGGAGAAAGCAUGGUGUAUUCUGUUGCUAUUUGUUCUAUUUUUUAUUCCUGGAGUUGUGAUGAUCAUCGCCUAUGGUCUCAUUUCUCGAGAGCUCUACCAUGGAAUACAGUUUGAAUUGGAACAGAAGAAGGGACAGUGUGGAAUUAAAAAUGGCCUCAGUGCCACUGUCUCAUCUAGGAGCGAUGACGGAGAUGGCUGCUACAUCCAAUUGUCCAAGCAGCCCAACUCCAUGGAGAUGUCAGCCCUCACGCCAAUUGGCUCCGCAAAGGUGGACCGACCCCGCAGCAACACUUCAGAGGCCAAACUAAUGGCCAAGAAGCGUGUAAUCCGUAUGCUCAUUGUCAUUGUAGCCAUGUUCUUCAUCUGCUGGAUGCCCCUAUACUCUGUUAACACCUGGAAAGCUUUCGACCUUCCAUCAGCCCACAGAGCUCUCUCAGGGGCCCCUAUCUCUUUCAUCCACCUGUUGUCCUACACUUCUGCCUGCAUCAACCCUAUAAUCUACUGCUUUAUGAAUAAGCGCUUUCGCAAAGUGCUUCUCACAACCUUUUCAUGCUGCUGCUGGUCCUGCCGCAGGAGGGUCUUCAGAGAGGGUGAUGAUGAGGUCACUGCUACUGGUGCGUCCAUGUCCAAGUUCAACUAUACCACUGUAAGCACCAUGGGGACUUGCUGAUUCUCAGAGCAAAGGCCCCUUUGGGACCCUCGCUGAAAUAGGCAAAGAAGAAUUUAUGUUGUUGUUGACAAAUGGUUUGGACUGAUAGAUAACGCUCAGCAUUGAACAGUAUCCCAUAAAAUGAUGAAGGUUUGACUUUUGUCGACAGGCUUUUAAGUGAGUCGCUGUAUUUAAAUGAAAACAGUUACUAUAGGCUGAAACAGACUUGAUGGCUCAUGUAGUUAAAUAUUCACCAGAGACUUGUAUAAGACAGCAUCCCACAAGCUGAGUUAAAACUACUAAAUUUUGAGGGGAUGCCAUAUCUUCAGGCUGUUUUUGCUAAAAUCUCACUCUCUUCUGUGCAGGUCUGUCAUACUUACCUUUUAAGGGUGACAGACCAUGUAACAUUUUUUUUAUUCUAUUUCACAUAUUGCAACAUGUAAUUUUGAUUCCAUUUCACAUAUUGCAACAUCUAAUUUGGCAGCAAAUCAGUGUGGAGCACAUCGAAAUAAGAAGAGGAUUACCACGUGAACAUAAACAAUUGAAUUAGACAGAGUUAAGUUUCAUUGUCAUUUGUCAAGUGUAGCUGAACCCCAGAAAAACACUCUGUUACACAUUCACAAUGGAUAAAAAUCAGUUUUUGCUAUGUGCUCUGCAUUUGCUGAAUCCAUGCCAGACAAUGGCAUGUCAGUUCUUCGGUGUGGGAAGAGGCUCGUUGGUCACUGCCAAGACCACAAGAGUCCAUUAGUUGAAGUUGAGUCGCUGGGGCUGUUAACAUCCACUGACUCCAUCUGAAUCUCCAAAAAAUACAGUAUGUAAAUAAAGCUAAAGACUGAAAAUCGAGCAGUGGGACACCAGUCUUAUGAUGUUGAGUAAUCCUGCUUAGUAUAUCCAGUAUUUUUUUUAAAUGUUUUCUGUGUGUUUGUAACAUCAGGAGAGAUAUUGUGAAGGUUUUCUAAUAUGAAGACUUAAAGAAAAAUGUUUAGUUGUCUAUCUAGAACCCUAGAACAUGUUGUAGUGUAGCUACGAAUAUAAUUCCAAAGACUGAGUCAACAUCACAGUUAAAGGCUCAUUAUAAUAAUCAUAAUUAUUACAUAGUAUUAAAAUAAGUAGACCACAUCUGAUGGUUAAAGUCUACAUGAAAUCAGAUUAGACCCUAUUUAGUUUAGUAAUGCACGUUCUUAGUGUUAAUAUGCACUAGAAAGUUUAUCAGUGACUUUUGUAUUUUUUCAUCUGAUGUCACAAAUCCCUCGAUUCAACCUGUCCUCUGCAACCACCUGACUCCAUUCUAAUAUGUAACAUCCACUUUUCAAAACCUAUACAGUUCGCAAUGUAUAAA